AUGGCUGAGGGUAUUAGAAAGAAGAUCGAAAAAUUCAAGAGGGAUGCCGAAGAUGCUCGAACUGCAGCAGAAGAGGCUGAGGCAGAGAAGAAGGCAGCCCUUGAAGAACUUGAUAACGCUGAAGAGGAUUAUAGAACUCUCGAACGUCGUUCCAAGUUACUAGAAGAUGACCUAGCGCAAGCUGAAGACCAAUUGGAUGACUUGAAAGAUCAAGUGAAAAAGUUGGAGAAUGAGCUUGAUGAGGUCUCAAGCUUACCCUUGAGUUUAGAAGAUGUCAAACGUAAGCUACAACUUGUUGAAGCUGACCUUGAGACAACUGAAGAUAGGUUGCAGAUAUGUGAGAAUAGGAAGAGAGAAUUAGAAAAUGAAAAUGAAGACAUGAAAAGGACUAUUGAUUCACUCAAUCGUACAAUUGAUAAAUUAGAGAGAGAUCUAGAAGAUAUGACUCGUCAACGUGACAAGGUGACUGGAGGCUCUAGUGGUAUUGGUAAAGCUGUUGCCAGGGAAGCCUUACAACGAGGAGCCAGUCAUGUGACACUUGUAGCUCGAAACAAGGUUCAAAAUGUCCACACCAUUGCUCUUGUAGAAAUCCAACAGGACGCUCGUAGAAGCAGUGUUAAAGUUUACUCCUUUGAGUUAGGGGCAGUCACCCCUAUCGUGUUAGCUGUUAGAAAUAAUUGU